UGCGCGGACGCAGCUGGACUAUGGACCCGCUUCAACAGUCCCUUUCUUGAAGGCGAGAACGAAGGCACUCCCGUCCUCGCGCUCCCGCGGCCAAGAGGUCCAACGGCACCCGCCGUCAGUUCGGAGCAUGUGUCCGUCUGCAAGCAAGCUCUCCGGUCUCCCUCACCCGCUCUCCAGAGUAUAACGCGCUUCGGCAGCGAAGAGCUCCGCCCCCACACAGCCAUGGGCUCCCCGGGUCAGAUCCUGCAGGCCCACCGGGACAGCCUGCUGCUGUGGACCAAGCCCAACCCCGCCCCGCUGCUGCGCUGGCUGCGGGACGACGGCGUCCUGUCCCACGCGCAGUACCUCUCCCUGCUGGAGCGGUCGCCGAGCAACGCGGUGGCGGCGGCGCUGGAGGCGGUGCGCGGGCGGGAGGAGGCCAGCCGAGGGUUCCUGGAGGUGCUGAGGGAGGUGCAGGGCUACUACUGCGAGGAGCUGCAGGCCUGGGCGGAGCGACACUGCGGGGGCGCCGUCCCGGACCGGACCGCCGAGCCGACGCCCGUCUGCGAGGAAGAGAAAAAGAAAGAAAAGGGCUCGUUUGCAAAGAUUUUCAAAUCCAAAUGCAAAGGGUUCAAAGUUCCACAGGAAAAAAAAGGAGCUAUACCGGACAGCAAGCUGAAGCCUCGACUGAGUGUCAAGCAGUCUAACCUGAGAGUUCCUCUAAUGGCCCACAAAAAGACUCUCCUAAAUCAGACAGAGAGGCUCACGUCCCACUCAGAAGGCGGAGGGAUGGUUUCCAAUUCCCACUCCCACAUUGAGAUCCGCUACACCGACCUCUUCGUAACCGAGGACAACGAGGAAUUCGAGAGCAGCCAGCAUGAAUACUUCAGCCUGGCCAGCCGUCGGGCGAGGAUCUACGCCCACCAGGACUGCCAGCGCAUCCAGCCGUGCCACCUCCUGAGCAAGCAGCGAGCCACGGGCUGCCCCCCAAAGCGGGUGAAGGUGAAGGGCAUCGCCGGGAUCGGGAAGAGCGUGGCCAUGCAGCGCAUCGUCUACGAGUGGGCGCUGGGCAAGACCAUGCGGGACUUCGUCUGCGUGUUCGACUUGCGAUUCCGUGAGCUCAACCUGGUCACCGGGCCCGUCAGCCUGUCGGGCCUGCUGGGGUCCAGGUUCCGGUACCUGGCCCCCGUCCUGCCCCAGCUGCUGGGAUCCACAGGCUCCCUCCUCUUCAUCCUGGACGGGCUGGACGAGUUCAAGCACAGGCUGGACUGGGACGCCCCGGACAGGGCCAUCGGGGUAGACUCAGAGGUGCCCGUGUCGGAACUGGUGGUGGCCCUGGUGAAGGGCAGCCUCCUGCCCGAGGUCUCGGUCAUCCUUACCUCCAGACCCUCCACCGACGCCCCCAAAAGGUUUUUCCAGAGGUGCUGCGUGGUCCUGGGGUUCGAGGAGGCCCAGGUAGAAGAAUACACCUCAAAGUUCUUCAAGGACACCCAGGUCGCCUCCAGGGUCUACGGCUACAUCGUGGGCAAUGACAGCCUCUUCGUCCUGUCAUUCAUCCCCCUCUACUGCUAUAUCAUCUGCACAGCUUUAGCUGAGUUUUUCACUGGGGGGAGAGAGAACGGGCAUGGUGGAGAAGGCGAGGACAGGGAUGGCUCACAGUCACUGGAGCUCAACCCUCCCCGUACCGUCAGCGAGGUCUACUACUGCUACCUGUACACUGCUAUCAAGCACCACGCGCUGAGAGGCACAAGCAACAGCAGCGCCUCCAAAUCAGAAGUGUUCUCCGUCGUCAGGGCCCAGCUGACCAGCCUGGGCAAGCUGGCCUACGAAAACCUCCUGAGGAGCAAGAUAAUGUUCGACCGGGCGGACCUGGAGAGCUUUGGACUGGAGCCCAGGGAGGUGCAUAGCACCUUCCUUAGCCAAAUCCUGGUCCCUGUGGAGGAGGAGAAGGUGGAGAUGUUUGCAUUCUUCCACCUGACAGUCCAGGAACAUCUGGCCGCCCUGUACUGUGCUGUCAAUCUCUCCAGCCCAGAGCACAUCCUCGGAGGGCUUGAGUUCUGGUGCUUUGGGCAGCCCCUCCCCUCUGCGGCCCCUCCUCUCCUCCUGGCUCCGGACUUCCGCUCGGACCAGACCAGGGUGGAGAACCUGCAGAUGUUCACCAGGUUCUUCAUGGGGCUGGUCAGGGCUCGGCUGGGUAACCAGUUGACCGGAAUGGAGCCAGUCCCCCUGGACAAGGAGGAUCUCCUAUCCCAGCUGGGGGUUUGGUUCAAAACCCAGUUCAAGGGCAGGGAACUGUCGAACCAGACGGCCCUCAACCUCCUCCACUGCCUGACAGAGCUGCACACGGAGGAGGUGGCCAAGGCGGUGGCCCCGGAGAUCAAGAGUCUCAACCUGUUCAAGAUGAAGCUGAGCGUGGUGGACUGUGCCGCCCUGUACUAUGUGCUGCGGUUCUCUCCCCAUCGCCUGGAGGAGCUCAACCUGGGCUACUCCAACAUUGGGAAUCGCGGCCUACGCAGGCUGGGGCCCAUCCUGCACCGCUGCGAGAGCCUCUAUUUACGCUACAACUGUCUGGACCGGGAUGCGGCCAUUUUGGAAUCUGCGAUUCUGAAAUCGGGGGACUGUCAGGUGAAGAAGCUGUUCAUGUGCGGGAAUAGCCUGGGUUCGGAGGGGGUCCGAGAGCUGUGGCUCGCCCUGGAGGAGAACUCCACGGUGGAGGAGCUGUACCUGGACAUCACCGGCAUCACCGAGGGAGGAACCGAGAACAUGGUCAACUGCCUGAGCAAGAACUCAACCCUGAAGACCCUCACCUUGGUGGGGAACGAGAUCGGCGAGGCUGGGAAGGACAGGCUGAGGGAGCUGAGGCGUCUCAGGCCGGGGCUCCACGUCAUCGGGAACUUUGUGGACGACCUGGGCCUGCUGCAGGCCUACCUGGACUGGGUGGAGGAGCUCCGGGCCGACCGGGACCAGAUGGACUCCGUGAGGAACGUUGACGCGCUGCAGUCCGUGCUGAAGGGUCUGAGAGUGGCGGGGGCGCACGGGGAGGGGCAGAAUGCACAGAAAGCCAAGGAACUGGAGACCAAGAUCCUCCAGCUCCUGGAGACCCCCACUUAGCUUACAGCAGACUGGUGAUAAAUACACACAUACACACACACACACACUUAGACACAUACCUACACACACGCACACACAAUUACACACACAAGUCAUAUGGAUUCAAUGGGAGCUCUUCUGUGCCUACUGGCCUGUGUUCUUCUUCAAAACCACGGACAGGUUUGUUAAUGAUUUUUUACGUAUUCUAUAGCUAUGUCAUGGUGCUGCACUAACAAAGUCACAGACUGGUAAACCUCCGGUUGAAGGAUGGAAUCCCGCCUCGCCCUCAGGCAGAUCAUUUCCUCUUUUACACUAACGCUUUCUUACGCUUAUAUAUUUUCUUUACCAAAACUCACUCACGGCCACCCAUAUGCAUUUCAUGACGGCAAAUGUAUUCCUUUUAUGAAAAGCCUGGGGUCAUUUUACUCGAAGGUUUCUUCGUAAGGAUACAAAAAAACAUUUUGCAGACAGGAGAUUCAGUGUUCCAGAGAUAAAAUGGACAUCAGAACAUCACAAAACAGCAGUACAAAAGACAUCAUAAUUAAAAGUCAGAAAAUAUAUAAAAGUCAUGAAAACAUUUUGGGAGAAUUAAAUCUACAAGAAUUUCCCAGUAAAACUGCAAGAUGAAGUUAUUGAACAUUUCAACAUUCAAAAUGGAUUUCUUAUGCAAUGACUUACAACGAAAGCACCGUAUUAUGUUAAGAAUCACGCGAGAGGACAUCACGUGCUUUGGAACGUGAAGAUUGCAGAUAUUUCAAUGGAGCAAGAUCCUGCAUACGAGGAGUUCAUGGAAUAUGAAGAUAUUUCCAUGGAGCAAAAUCCUGAUCAAGAUGAGGUGAUGGAAUACGAAGAUAUUUCCAUGGAGCAAAAUCCUGCUCAAGAUGAGUUGAUGGAAUACGAAGAUAUUUCCAUGGAGCAAAAUCCUGCUCAAGAUGAGUUGAUGCAAUACGAAGGCCUACCUGGACUGGGUGGAGGAGCUCCGGGCCGACCGGGACCAGAUGGACUCCGUGAGGAACGUUGACCACCAGUGGCUGCAGCCAACACCAAAACUACCUGGAUGGACUGGACUGCUAUGUCCCCAUCUGGUGGCCA